CUUUCACUGAACCAGUCACACCUACAUUAUCCGCUUAUAGUAUAACAAACCAAGAACCUCGAGUUCAGAGAAUCUGAAAGGUUCAAUCUUGUUUCAAGCUCACAAUAGUACAAGUUUCAAUCUUUUGGGUUCAAAGUUUCGAUCUUUGGAGCAAUGACGAAAGACCCAACUCGCUCCGACACCACCACGGAGUCGACCAGCUUCAACUCCUCUUCAUUCUCCUCCUCUCCUUGCUCGGGUCGGAAUGGUGACCCGUUACCCGGAGGAUCCGACCCGAGUGGGAAUCGGGUCGGGAGCAAACGGGCGAGGGAGAGCAGCAGCAAGCACCCGGUUUACAGAGGGGUCCGAAUGCGGGCGUGGGGCAAAUGGGUAUCCGAAAUCCGCGAGCCCAGGAAGAAGAAUCGGAUCUGGCUCGGCACCUUCUCCACGCCCGAAAUGGCGGCGCGUGCACACGACGUCGCCGCCUUGACCAUCAAAGGCAACUCCGCCAUCCUCAACUUCCCCACCCUAUCCGGGUCCUUGCCCCGACCCGACUCCAAUUCCCCCCGCGACAUCCAGGCCGCCGCCGCCAAAGCCGCCUCCAUGGAAAACCUAGACCCUCCGCCUCCUCAACCGCAACCGCCUUCCUCGGCAUUGUCGCAAUCGUCGUCGUCGUCGUCGUCGCUGGAGGUGACGGACGCCGGGACGCCGGAGGAGCUGGGGGAGAUAGUGGAGCUGCCGAGGCUGGGGACGAGCUACGAGUCGGCCGAGUCGGGGAGCGAUUUCGUGUUCGAGGACUCGGUGGAGGGGUGGCUGUACCCGCCGGCGCAACCGUGGUGGCAAAACGGUGAAUUUGGAGAAGACUAUGGGUAUAGUAGGAAUUUUAACGAAAUGUUAAUGGCCGAGGGUGGUGUUGAGGACCUGUUGUGGCAACAUUAAUGUCAAACCUGCCUUUUGGCUUUGGUGGAUGUGCCAUGUGUGCUUUUUUAAUUAGUUGCUAAUAUGAGCACCCCCUCCCUCUCUUUUAUCAAAUUUUGUGUUCUUAAUAGUU